GGGUUGCUCAUUGCUAGAGUUUGUAUUGAAUCUGUCAUCAUGUGGACGACUCUUAUGAAGUUAGAUCUGGCCUCUGUAUGCCUGGCUCUCUUUCUAGGUUUUAUGUCUUUGGUUGUGAUUGAGAUCUUCAGGAUUAGUUCCUGCAGCGCUCAAACUCCACCUGGUCCCAGACCUCUGCCUUUCGUGGGAACCUUACCAUAUUUUUUAAAGAACCCAAUGGAGUUCAUAAGAUCGUUAUCUCAGUAUGGAGAGAUGGCCACUAUCUAUGUUGGGAGGAAGUCAGUGAUAUUCCUCAAUACUGUUGAUCUUGCGAAGGAAGCCCUGGUCCAAAAUGCUUCAACUUUUUCAGGAAGGACACCUUUACCCAUUCUAAUCUGGGUCACUGAUGGAUAUGGUAUUGUAAUGGCUGCAUUUGGUCACUCCUGGAGGCAGCAGAGACGGUUUGCUCUGCACACGCUCAGAAACUUUGGACAAGGAAAGAAGUCUGUGGAGGAACGUGUGACAGAAGAAAGCACUUACCUGGUUCCUGAAAUGCUUAAAUUGGAAGGCAAGCCUUUCGACCCCCAACAUGCAAUACAGAAUGCCGUAUCUAACAUUAUCUGCUCAAUCGUGUUUGGGGAUCGUUUCAACUAUGAUAACAAGCACUUUGCAUACCUUCUGGAAAUCAUUAAGGAAAACUUCAUUCAGUCAGGGUCACUUACUGGACAGAUUUUUAACUUGCUUCCCAUCAUCAAACAUUUCCCAGGGCCACACCAGAAAAUAUAUCAGAAUGCAGAAGAGUUGAAAGCUUUCAUCAGGGAAGCAGUCAAAACGCACAGAGAAACUCUGGAUCCAGACAGUCCACGAGACUUCAUUGAUGCCUACCUGCUAGAGAUUGAGAAACAAAAGUCCAAUGAGGACUCCACAUUUCAUGAGGAUAACAUGGUAGUAUCAGUGUUUGACCUUUUCCUGGCUGGAACGGACACAACAGCAACCACCAUUAGAUGGGGCCUCAUCUUCUUGACUCAAAACCCACUUGUACAAGAGCGAUGUUACAAAGAGAUUGUUUGUGUGUUGGGUUGCAACCGUUUGCCCAGCAUGGAUGAUCGUAACAAACUACCGUACACAUACGCCACUGUUUACGAGAUUCAGCGCUGUGCCAACAUUUUGCCCUUUGGAGCUUAUCAUGAAACAAUUCAGGCCACAAAACUAAGAGGAUACGACAUUCCCAAGGGCACCACGAUAUUUACUAACUUAACUGCAAUUUUGACUGAUAAGGAGCAUUGGAAAUACCCAGACACUUUUAACCCAGAUAAUUUUUUAGAUGAUAAUGGACAUUUCUUCAAACCGGAGUCUUUCCUCCCUUUCUCUUUGGGUCCGAGGGUCUGUCUCGGUGAGGCCCUAGCAAAGACGGAGCUCUUCCUCUUCAUCACUUCUCUAUUACAGCGGGUUCAUUUCUCCUGGCCUGUUGGUGUGAAGUGGCCGGACAUGAAUGGGAUUGUCAGUAUAGUCCGUUCUCCUGAACCGUUCGACAUCAUCUGCCACAGCCGAGGAUCCAAAGAGUGAUUAUUAGUACACUUUCCAACUUUUACAUGAGUUUCCGUAGCUGUUUUAAAAGAAAUUAUAAUUUAGGUUAUUAUGAAAAAAUGGCACACAUGCUACACUCAUUGUAAACUGUACACUGACUUCACAGUAAAUUAAUUUAGUGCUGUAAUACCACUGUAACACUGUAAAGAUUUUUUUCAGAUACGAUGUAAUAGUUAUUAUUAUAGACAGGCCUGUAUUGGUCUUAACUAGGUGUAAAACCUGCCGGUAUGGUUCAGACUUCAGGUGUUCAUAUUUCAUAUUGCAGAACUGGCGUUAAUACAUCAUGUAAAUCAGUGUAUGAAUUUCAUGUAUAUGCCUACAAUGAUCAGUUGAAAUGACAAAAAAACACAAAUGCUUAAAAGCCAAAGCUUCAGUAAAUAUUUGGGAGAAUACUUUAAUGAAAAGUAGCAUUUUAAAAGGUCUUGUUAAACAUGUGAGCUCUUGUGAACAUUUAUUUCAAAACAUUUUAUGUAGAAUGUUAAAAAGUGUAAAUGAUGUUAAACCAGGUUAUAGUCAUAUAAAUAUAAUAUUCUAAGACUAAGAAAAUCCCUGAGUUGCCUAAUCACAGUUGAUACCACUGCCUCGGUUGUUGUAAACCCAAUGAAUUUAAACAUUUCUAUGUAUUUUAAGAAUACACUCAUUUCAAGUGCUCUCUUUUCUUGAUUGAAAUCUGAUCACAUUGAAAAAAUGCUGUGGUAAUUUUAGUUAAUUCUGUCAUCUGUGGUCACAGUUCAGUCAGCAAAGAUGUGUGUGUUUGUAGUAAUUGCUUUGGUCACCAGUUCAGUUUGACUGUGAAACACCGUGGGAAACGGGAUCCAUAAACAAUGGCUGUCCUCCAGA